CUUGAUUAUAUGUUGAUGUCGCAAGAGAAAAAGAGACAAGUCGGGCUCGAGAAAAUGCCCCGCUCCAGAUUUUCAUUUAUAUUUUUUUCACUGAUGAUCAAGACGGUGUCAAGAAAGACUUUAAUGUACCUCUCUCUACACUUACAUUUGAGAGUUCACGGCAGUCAUAUGAGUAAUUGAUGCACAAGCAGGCCGCCAAAAAGGAGAAACUAUCAUAUCUUGCAUUUGAAGAGCAAACGGAAUCUCUGCAUCUUCACCUCGUCAACCAGAGCCCCCUAAUGGGAGAAAUUCAUUAUCGACCAGUAUAAAGUGUGGGCGUUCUCGAGCGGUGCAGGAGGCUUGGGCUAAGAAAUAAUCUAGCCAAAUUCUAAAGUACAACAGAACUACACAGAAAUUCACGGAACCAUAAAAAAAAAAAAAAAAAACAAUGGCGGACGACCUCUUUGCAAUCAACAUCUCGGGAGACGAGGACGCCAAUAGCCCCCUGGCAGACCAGCAGUGCCCCGCAGCCAAGCCCCAGAGCAGACAGGACAAGCUCAGGCAGACCGAGGAGGCGUUCCAGGCGCUCAAGGCGACGUAUAGUCCCAAGAUACAGAAUGGCGAUAUCCAACACCAAAUCACCUUCCCUCUAACACCGGCAUCGUCCUCAUCAACCACCGUCUCCAAGAUGUUGGCCCAGGACCUCGUCCACGCCGUCGAGGAGCUGUACUUUUACCGCCGGUACGCCGAGGCGGCCGACUUUGCGGGGCGCGUCCUCGCACAGCCCGAGGUCUUGGACGCUGACACCAAGACGCUAUUGACCCGGUACCAGGCGAGGUGUCGGUUGAAAAGCGGAAUGAGUUGAAUCUGUUUUUUCUUUCUUUCUUUCUUUUUUUUUUUCUUUUCUUUUUGGGAACGGGUUGGUG